GAAGAAGGUUCUUCAAGUAUAUUACUUAUCUUAUAAUUAGUAACAAGUAUACACUAUUCACUGGUUUCAUAAUUAUGUUUACCUAUUUAAAAUCAUUAUCAUUAUUCUAUUUGAUAUUUCUAUUAUGUAAACGUGAUAUUCAAUGUUAUUAUACAAAUUUGAAAACAAUUGAUUGGCCUAAUCCAUUAACUUUAUCAGAAGCUGUUCUAGCUGAACAGGCAGCUAUUGCAGAAGCUGCUUCAAAUUCAGCACUUCCAUCAUCAUCCUCAUCAAUAUUAUCAAGAGGACAAUUUAUUGCACCAGAUGUUGACUAUUAUCCAACAUGGUCUGAAUCAUAUUUAUAUUUAAAACCUCAAAGAAAUAUUGAUGAAGAAUUAAGAAAAUUGAAAGCGGAACCUCCAAGAGGAUUACCUAAUGUGAUGAGAUAUGGUUAGUUAGAAUAAAUAGAAGAUUAUGUAAACAGUGAAAUUUUUAUGCAAAAUCACAGUAAUAAUUAUUAUUAUUAGUAGUAUAAAUAUUAACAACAAUAAAUCAACAUAUUUCUGUUGUGUAAACAUUACAAAGACAUCAUUAUCAUUGUGAUUGUAAGGCAAAGAAGGUAGAUGAAAUUUAAUCUUUACAAAGAUUAUAUACCAAUGCCUAUAUUAUGAUAUAUACAUAUAUAUAUAUAUAA